CGGGUAUGAUAACAAAUUCACUAGGCUUGCACUUGGGUUCACGUUGUCAUUGUUGGGGUUGUUCUCCUGUGUUUAGGAAGCUCUAGGAGACUGGGGCCCAGUCACUACCUUGUCUGCGGCUGCAAUGGCCCUCCUCCGGGGCAUGUGGGGCGUGCUGAGUGGCCUGGGAAAGUGCGGAGCGGACCUCUGUGCGGGCUGUGGAAAUCGACUACGCUUUCCGCUCAGCUUUGGGUAUAUACCGCGAUGGUUUUCAUCCACAAUGAAUGGUUAUCCAAAGAAACCUAUGACUUCCUAUGUUCGGUUUUCCAAAGAACAGCUACCCAUAUUUAAAGCUCAGAACCCAGAUGCGAAAAAUUCAGAUCUAAUUAAAAAAAUCGCUCAGCUAUGGAGGGAACUUCCUGAAGAAAAGAAAAAAAUAUAUGAAAAUGCUUACAGGGCAGAUUGGGAGGCCUACAAAGAAGAGAUAAACAGAAUUCAAAAACAGCUAACUCCAAGUCAGAUGGUAUCUUUGGAAAAAGAAAUCUUGCAAAAACGUUUAAAAAAGAAAGCAUUACUAAAAAAGAGAGAAUUAACACUGCUUGGAAAACCAAAAAGACCUCGCUCAGCUUACAACAUUUAUAUAGCUGAAAGAUUCCAAGAAGCUAAAGAUGGCUCAGCACAGAUAAAACUGAAGACAAUAAAUGAAAACUGGAAAAAUCUUUCUAGUUCUCAAAAGCAAAUAUAUAUUCAACUUGCUGAAGAUGAUAAAAUUCGUUACAACAGUGAAAUGAAAUCUUGGGAAGAACAGAUGCUUGAAGCUGGAAGAAAUGAUCUCCUACGUCGCAAAUCAAAGUCCCCAUCAAAAAUUGUCAUUGAUGAGUUUUAAGAUAGAAGAUUGAAGAUUGAGUCAUGUUCAUAAAGGAUAGACACAAGAAACCAAUUACGUCUCAAUACUGGAAGCUGUUGUAAAAUUAGAAAGGAUAAAGUUGGUGAACAUUUAUAUUUAAUUCCUUUUUCUUCAGGCCAUGGACUUCUGAGAGUUAAAUACUUUUUGUAUUAGCAUCUUGCUUUGGAAAACCCUGAUAAAAGUUCAUGCAAAAUCAUUUUGUGUUAGGAACUACUGAAGGUUGAAAUAAUUCAUGAAAUAUAAUAGUGAAUCAUUUUACCUUUGAUACAGGCAAAUUAGACUGUGAAUUUUUUUUAUACUUGGUGACUGCGGAAAGAAUAUUCUUGUUUCCUUAUAUUAUGGAGGCAGGAAUUUCCUGUUCUAAAGUUCCCAAAUUGUAGUGUUCUGUGAUAUAAUUGUACAAUUUUUAAAGAGUCCCCAGAACCCAUCUAGGUAAAUUCCAAUUCCUAGGUAUAAUUCAUGCAGUAUCAGAGAUGAUACUAGUAUAUGCAAAGGAAUUGCUGAUUUCAGUUGCAGCUUUUUAUGGAGAGAUUUAUAAAGCUUUUCCUCAUUGUCAUUUUUUCCCAUAAAAUAUUAAGAAAUUAUGUACCA